AUGGUGAGGACAAUGAGGUCUUCCGUCGCUAUUCUGCUUAUUUUCCUAUUUUCUUUGGCCAGCGCUUUCCAAAUGGCUCGAACGAACACAAGAGCUAAACGUCAAGUCUACGGCUUAGGUCUAGGAUAUCCGUCCGGCUACAUCUACGGUAAUCCGUACACAUUUGCCACGUAUCCGUACAGCGGCUUGAACGGAUUGUACGGUAGCGGUUUGUAUGGCGGUGGUUUGUACGGUGGUUACGGCGGUGGAUUAGGUGGUAUGUAUGGUCUCUACGGAAUGCCUUAUGGUGGAUUGUAUGGAAAGAAAUAG